AUGUACGCAUGCGAUAGCCAGCAGAGUCAGCAACAGCAGCAACAGUACUUUUAUCCGACUGACACCCACCACUACCACCGAGAGCAGAAUGGGAACGAGGAUGCCAGUUCCAGUUGCGGACACGGCUACUAUCCUCUUCGUCUCCAGGACCAUCAUUACGAUCGUCACAACGGCGCCCUGAAUGGCGCUGCGUCGGUGGAAAAUUGGGUUUAUCCACCCCCUCCGGAUCCAACGCAGACGCAGCCUUACACCGCUACACCAACGAGUCGCGGGUACGUCGCGGUCAGCGUCAUCACCGUGAACGUUGGGCUCGUAGAGGCCCACUAUGGACGUCGACGUUCUAUACCCAUGGUUGCGCGGGUCACGCUCAUUGACCAUCGUAGCGUCGUGCUUCUUGAUACUUAUGUGCAACCGACGCACAGAAUAACAGACUACCGGACGGAAUCUACUGGAUUGAAUUAUCUGCAUUUUCAGAAUGCACCAACCUUCGAAUCGGUACAACGCACAACAGCAAAGAUGAUCAUGAACAAUGUCAUCGUAGGACAUCGGUUAUGGGAGUUUUUGUCGGUGAUGGGCCUCUCACAUCCCGCCAUCGACACACGCGACCUCGCACUCUUCCGACCUCUCAGAAAGCGGUUAAAGAGUCGGUGCAUUCUCGAUUUACGGACCCUCGUGAGGUUCUUUGUGGGCAAGGACGUUGGGUAUGGGUAUGAGGAUUCGCUCGAGAACGCGAUUGCAGCAAUGGAGCUGUUUCGCGUUUGUCACCCCAUUUUCGAGGGUAUUGUGGAAGCGGGGGCAUGGCCUUGCGACCUUCCGCCAGUAUCCUACUCUAGGCAUUUUCUAUAA